CAUCAGUUCACAUCCUUGACAACCUCGAUUAGUUGAUGUGAAUUUAUAACUGAUAACUUGUCGAAUUCGUACCAGUUAAAAGUUAGCUAAAACCCAAUUUCCGAUUCUGGGUGUUCCUCAGUUCAUCAUAUGGCUGCCAAUUUCUGGACUUCAUCUCAAUACAAAGAACUUCUGGACCCUGAAGAAGUAGAGGUAGUGCAUCAUCUGGAUAAAGAUAGAGGAAUCACUCUCGAUGAUUUCAAGCUCAUCAAAUUGCAUAUGUCUAAUUAUGUUGCAAGAUUGGCUCAAAAUGUGAAAGUGAGACAAAGGGUUGUUGCCACUGCUAUUACGUACAUGAGACGCGUAUAUGUCAGGAGAAGUAUGACCGAGUAUGAUCCUCGUCUGGUUGCUCCAACUUGCUUGUAUUUGGCAUCAAAAGCAGAAGAAAGCACUGUGCAGGCCCGAGUUCUUGUAUUUUAUAUCAAGAAAUUAUAUUCUGAUGAGAAGUAUAAGUAUGAAAUAAAAGACAUACUUGACAUGGAGAUGAAAGUUUUGGAAGCCCUAAACUAUUACUUAGUUGUAUAUCAUCCAUAUCGUUCAUUAUCACAGUUCCUUCAGGAUGCUGGCAUGAGCGAUACAACUCAAUUGACUUGGGGACUUGUAAAUGACACCUAUAAGAUGGACCUAAUUCUUAUACAUCCGCCACAUUUGAUUGCUUUAGCCUGCAUAUAUAUUGCAAGUGUGCUGAAAGAUAAAGAAACAACUGCCUGGUUUGAGGAGCUUCGAGUUGAUAUGAAUGUGGUGAAAAAUAUAGCAAUGGAGAUACUAGAUUUUUAUGACAGCCAUAAAUCGAUCUCAGAUGAGAGGGUAAAUGCUGCAAUGAGCAAGCUAGCUGGAAGGUAGUGUUAAACAAUUGCACAAUGGCCAACAGCUUCCAAUGCUACUUCCAAUUAAGAGAUUCAAGAGUGGGAAGUCAAGCAUCGGCAUUGUUAAAUGACAAGCUUGAUUACAGAGGCAAAUUCAGUGGGUUCAAAAUUAGUGUGAUCUUAUUUUAUAUGUAUCCUUUUUUUUUUCUUCCCCAUAUGUAUACAUAGUUGAGGUGGAAGCAAUGGGUUAAGUGGAACUCACAAAAUCCGCCCAAAACUCACCCCUGCAGGAUUGCCCGAGGAGACGAAAAGGAAAGAAGGUGUGGCAGCUUUGGACCAGCAACCGCGUGUAAUAGGAAUAAGUCGGAUUUGAUGUAACACCACCUUAAGGUAAAAGGCAUGAAAAUGUUAAACUCAGUAAUGUGUAUUACUUGACCUGUAUGACAUCUUUAGUUCCUUUAAAGAAUAGACAACAUUUCCAGUUUAAAGUUCA